AUGGCACGCCGUUCAGCACCACCCAACUCAGGCCCUGCCUACAUCCCCAAAAACCAGCACGUCCAAAGACGUGCGAUUCAUGACCCUAACGAAUCCGCCUUUGCCCGUUUCCUCCGCGAGGAGAUAUACGCGCCCGAAAAGUUGCCGGGAAAUAUCAGUAUCGUCGUUGGGGUGUCGACGUUCAUUGUACAUGCUAAAGGUGUUGAACCUGCAAAAGACUACCGCAAGAGGACAGAAGCACCACAGUCCUCGGUUACAGGAUACUUAUAA